AUCUUAGUGAAUCUGCUGCAGGGAGCACAGGGGGAAGCGAGCAGGAACUUUCUGCAGAAAUCGCAGUAGCAGCGAGUUGUACAGCCAUACAGUUGUGCUGAGCCUGCAGGGAAAGCGCGAGCUUGCUGGAGGGAAGCCCUGAAUGUGCACACUAGGAGGCAACCAGAUUUGUUUGUGAUCUGUGAAUCCCUCCCGUGAAACAAAUAUACAAGAAUUGGAUCAGGUUUUCCUGGGAGUUUGCUGAAGCUCUGCCAGACAUGGUAGGUCACCUGCAUUUGCAAGGAAUGGAAGACAGCUUGAAGGACAAGAGCAGGGAAGGAUUGUUGGACAGUCCAGAUUCUGGCCUUCCACCAAGCCCCAGUCCUCCUUUCUACUCAAUCUCACCCGGCAUUGUUGAAGGUAGAGCCGAGUGCAGCAGCACACCAACAUACCACCCAGGCUAUGGCUACAGGAAGGACAUCAAGGAGGGCAAAGUGAUACCAUACCUUCUCCUGAACAAUUCCCCCCAAGAGACCAGACCAAGAAUGCAUCCUGUUGUAUUUGGAGAAAGUAUUGAAGUCAAUCCAGAGCCUGUACAAGAAAUCAGGUGCAACUCAGAGAUCAAAUACGAUUCAGAGAAGCAUUAUCGUGACCAUGUCUUCUAUGUACCAACUCCCACAGUCACCUCUUACAGCGAAACCAUCAUUUCCACCCCAAACUGCACAUGGAGGAAUUACAAAUCCCAGCUGGUUUUUGAACCACGCAACAAGCCUUUAAGGUUUCAAAGCACAACCAUCAUCUUUCCAAAACACACCAAAAACAUUUACAGAACAACGCUCAACUACAACUGUGGAGGAAGCAAGAAAUGGUUUUCAUCCAGUGUGCAACUUGAACUCUGUGAGGAGACCAGCCCCUGUAUCAUAUACACAGAAAAUCUCUAAAUCCUCUUAAACUUCCAUGAAUAUGUCCUAUAACAAAGCACUUGGCUUCAUAACAAGAGAACAUUGUAGGGACCCUCCAGUACUAACUGUAUGAAAGCCAUCAUUGCUAACACAAGAUGUAUGGGAGUAAAGCUGCACAAGAGACUUGUGCAACAUUCAAGUGUCUUCUUUAAGACUGCUUUCUUAGAUUUGUAUCAUAUGUAUCGUAAGAAAGGAUUUUGCAAGUUUCAUGGUGAUGGUGUCUUGGCUGUAGAUUUCUGUGUUAAAAAAAACCAAACAUUUUUCUUGCAAAAAAAGGUUGACAGUUUCAUGUGAAAGACUGGCAGAGACUUGCCAAGUGCCUAAGCCAAGGGAGAGGCAGAACAAGCUUAGAAUCUGAGGAAUACCAGUGUUUUUUAUUUUCAAAAAGCAUUGGAAUGUUCAGAAGAGAGGCAGGCCGGGUGGUCGAGCUCUUAUAGAGACAGAUCAGUGCAAUGGGUGGCUCUGGUGCCCUAGCUACCAGGAAUGAGCCAGGUACAGCCGGAAAUUCAGUAUGUGCAGAAAGGAAACACAACCUUAAUCAUUCAGGAUUGAAAUUUCCACCCUGCCUCAGCUGCCAGCUGUGGAAUUAUCUAUUAUAGAAAUUUACUUUAUUGCUUAUUUAAAAUGCUUCAUAUCAAUCUUAAACAGUCAGAACAGUGGGUGCCUUGACUGCUUUGCCACAUGGCCGCUUUACUUAAAGUAAAUAAAUAUAUAAAAAAAACCCAGGAAAGACGUAUAUAGCUAAAGGGAAAUAACCAGAAGGUAAAGGAGGUGUAGAGAGCCACAAAUGAGCUUUAGAAAUAAAAGAUGCAUGUGGAGUAAUAUAAAUCAUUCAUAAGAUGGGGUUCAUUUUUCUUAUUUGCAGUCAGUGUUCAGUAACACAUUCUAGACACAUUAUGGAUAUAGCAUGGAGACCUAUUUAUAUUUGUAUACAUUGGCAGCAGCCAUAGUGCCUCCUCGUGCAAGAUGCAAUUCCCAUAUACAGUAUAUCAGGUCUCAUAAUGAAACUGUCCUGAAUGCUUGCUUCUGUUUUCUAAGUUUUACCUUCUUGCUGUAGUGUCAUUACAGUUUCUCUGUAAAACAAGGAAUGUUGCUUAAUAAGAACCUGCUGCCACAAAGGCCACUUUCAGUGUAUACAGAAUCACUGCCCUUCCGUACAGUCACCUGCCUUGGAGAAUGUUGCUGAAAUGCUUUCAGUAUCUGGGCUCAUGUCAGCAUCCGGUGGCACUGUCCCUGGCCUACUUGCCUUUGGUGUGGAGUAUGCUCAGUGUUCCACAAAGAGAGUUAAGGGGGUUUUUGCUGCAGUGAUAUAGGUGUGAGUUAAACUGGUAGCAUGAAAGUGUGUUAUUACUGACCUUAUUUGGGCCACUCUGCAUGUGAGCAAUGAUACCUCAGGGUCAGCGGCCAGGCAUGCACAUUACUAAACACUGGAAUAACUUGAUUAUAGGCACAAACCAGAAGGCUCUGAGAAAAAUGUGAGCACCAUGGGAAGAAGCAGAUGCCUUUUGUAAGAUUUUAGUCCGGUGUUGGGGCAUUUAAAGCUAGAAUAUAUAAUUAAUAACGUAUCCAUUAAUGUCAACAUACAGAAACAUGAUAUUCAACAUUUUGAUUGGAUUAAAAUAAAGGAAAUAAAAUUAGCAUUGCACCUAAUGAGGGCCAUUUUCCAACAGAGAGCAAUAAUAUAAUGUGUCUCAAGGCACAAAGAUUCACUGAAGGCGCUUGAGGGAACCCGGGAUCAACACACUAGAAAACCAUUGGCUGGGCACCCUGAUGUAUACAAACAUGUCCACAAGAAACUUCAUUAACAUAAUCAGAAUAAAAUUAACUGCUAAAUAAUGAAGAUACAUUUUUUUUUUAGUAUGAAUGUAAUACCAAUAUGAUAAAAGCUCUUGUUGGAUUUCAGAAAUUGUGUGUUUCAAAAGAAGGUUAUUAUUUAGCAUAAAUGCAAUGUUGAGGGAGUGACAAAAAGAAAAUGCCUGCAGCAUAGGUUUCAUUCAGUUGCUCAUUUUUGAGGUUGCUUAAUUAUGCUGUAAUAUUCAUUAAUAGCGCAGAUGGAUGGUGCAGAUAGCCCUGGUUUAAAAGCAGCCAUGUAGCAUGGGUUUGCUGGCAAUGAGCCAAACAGCAUGAGCAUCUUAUAGGUGUUCUGGAACAUUACAGGGUGAGGCUGGCUGGGGCAGGUUUGUGGAAAAAGUGAGACCCAGUGCUUAAAUGCUGACGUUUAAUGACUCAAUAGUUCUUUUAAACAUGUCAUUUAUAUGGGGUUUUAAGAUGCCUGAGGGAGAAAGGUUAAUGUUUAAUGGGAAACCAGCACUUUUUAGUAUUUUUGUACAAGUACAAGUAUGCAGAGAUGUAAUAUAGAAGUGUAAAUUUGCCUGCACAAUUGUGUUGCUAUUCAUUUUCAGUGUAUUACGCAUGUGCCUAUAAUCAUGUGUGUCUAUAUCAAGACUGGUUUGUUUUCUUUUGACAUCAAGAAGAUGGUUAAAACAUAAUUAAAUCCCUUCUAAUUUCAGGAAAAUAAUUCGUUUUUAGAUAAAUACACGUAGAGCGGGUCCCUGAAUUACAAUGUGCAUUUUCUUUAGGCUCCUAUAUUAGAGGCGCUAAACAACCCUUUAUGGCCAUUUAAGCAUCAGUGGGCUCCUCUUGCUGUGAUUAGAAAACAAUUACAUAUUUAAAUAAGAAUUUAAAAUACCAAUCCAAAAAAUGCUUGCUUCUUAUUAUGUAUAUGUCCAGCUGAAAUUGUUAAUGGCUGGUGUGUUCUAGCUGUCAUUUUUAUACAGGACAUACUGGGAUGUCAUUAACAAUAAUGCUUGCUUCUAAGCAGAGUUCAAUGCUGUCUUGUGAUCCCGCGCUGCCGUAGUCCAUUUAUUUGCGGUGUAGCACGGAUGUCAAAGGAGUUCAUAAUAUGAAAAAAACAUUUCUGUAAUAUGGCAUGUUUAAAGAAAGCAGAACAGCAAACUGUCUUUGGCUGAAAAUAAAGCUGGUGCCAUAGAACAUUAAA